GUGAAAGAAGGAAGUAGUCUUAUGAGAGCUCUACAGCUACUGCUGGCAGGCAGAUGCUGUGCAACCACACAUCAGGUCACACGACCACAGCAGCACGAAAACACAAGCACAUUACACCGACAAUGCAACGAGGCAUGUAAGGCAGACAGGAAGCACUUCAGCAGCUUUAUGGACUACUAAAAAAGGAGACUUAAGACUUAAAUCUUCAGCGUUUUUAAGGAUCACAAGAGUACGAAGAGACGAAAAAUGAAUAAAUCGGAGAUGUUUGGUUUCUCUCUGGAGACGGACGACAGGACAGAGGAGGAAAGAUUACGGCAAAGGGAGACUAAGAAAGAUGGACUGGCUUCUGCUUUGGGUAUGGGCCAGGAAGCCCCUAAGGCUCCUAUGGACACUGAUUACCAGGAGGAAAUGGAGCGAACGAAACCUCAAAUCCGAUUCAAUCUCAACUUUGACAAAGCGACUCAAGGUGUGAACCAGCCUGAUCAUAAGAGAGACAGCAAGACGUUUAACAUCAACAGAUUGUUUGAAGCAGUGGCCAGCAGAGAUGUUAGACAGCUGGACGGCCUUUACCAGUAUCUGCACCAAAACAUGAAGAAACUCUCCGACACUUUGUAUCAGUCCUACGGUAAAACCGCCCUAAUGAAAGCGCUGCUGCACCUCAAAGAUGGCAAGAAUGAGACUGUGGAGUUAUUAAUCGACAUUUCAGAGAAGUUGGGUGAUAUGAAGGAGUUUGUGAACGCAGCCUACACCGACAGCUUCUACAAAGGCCAGACAGCUCUGCAUAUAGCCAUUGAGAGGAGAAGUAUUUCUUAUGUGACGCUGCUGGUCAGCAAAGGAGCCGACGUCCACGCCAAAGCCUGUGGGAAGUUCUUCCAGUCACACAACCACCACAACUUCUACUUUGGUGAGCUGCCCCUGUCUCUGGCAGCCUGCACCAACCAGCCCAACGUGGUGGACUUCCUCAUGGAGAACGAGUACCAGCGAGCAGAUGCUACUAUGGCAGAUGCUCAAGGCAACACAGUCCUGCAUGCCCUGGUGACGGUGGCUGACAACUCCAAGUACAACACAGAAUUCAUAAUCCACAUGUACGACCGUAUCCUUAAGCUCAACGCAAAAUUGCAUCCCGAUGUGAAGCUGGAAAACAUCGAGAACAAGAUGGGCCUGACACCUCUCAAGAUGGCUGCCAAGAAUGGCAAGACUGGGCUCUUUUCACACAUCUUGAGACGAGAGUUCGAAGAGAUCGAAACCAAACACUUGUCCCGUAAAUUCACUGAGUGGGUUUAUGGGCCCAUCCACUGCUCCCUGUACGACUUGGCCUCUGUGGACUCAUGUGAGGAGAACUCAGUGCUGAAGAUCCUGAUCUAUGGGAGCGACAUUCCUAACCGUCACGAGAUGCUCGAGACGGAGCCUCUGUGCCAAGUGCUGGAAGAAAAGUGGGAGAGGUUUGCUCGUCACAUGUUUUUCUUCAACUUCCUGAUCUACCUCGUGUACCUGCUCAUUUUCACUCUCAUAGCCUACCAUAAGGAGAAUGUAACUGUGAGGUGGCUGACAGAAACGCAACCCGUUCCCACUGAGCUCUACCUGAACGAUUACCUGUACAUUCUUGGUUGGUUGGUGACGACAAUCGCAAACUGCUAUUUCUUUAUCAUAGGGAUCAUAGAUAUGAAGCGGAAACAACCGAAGCUGGAGACCCUGCUGGUUGACGGUUAUUAUGAGAUUCUUUUUCUUGUGCAGGGCUGCUUCUUCCUGCUCACCACUGGGCUCCUCCUGUUUGGGAAGAAGGAGUACCUCAGCUUCCUGGUGUUGUGUCUUGCUCUCAGCUGGGUGAACAUACUCUACUUCGCCAGGGGCAACAAGCACAUGGGCAUCUACAGUGUCAUGAUACAGAAGAUGAUCCUCAGCGAUAUCCUGCGCUUCCUUUUUGUCUACAUGGUUUUCCUCUUUGGAUUUUCAGCAGCGGUGGUCACCCUGCUUAAAGAGCCUCCCGCAAUGAACACCACUGAUUUAAAGCGUAAGCUUUAUGGCCCCGUCAGUGCUGACGAGGAGUGUUACAAACCCAGCUUCUCAAACAUCUCCUAUACCACCCUGGAGCUCUUCAAGUUCACCAUUGGCAUGGGUGACAUGGAGUUCAUCCAGGAUUACCAGUACAUAGAGGUCUUCUACGUGCUCCUCAUCUUCUACAUCAUCCUCACCUACAUCCUGCUGCUCAACAUGCUCAUCGCCCUCAUGAACCGCACCGUGGAGAAGCUCACUCUGGAGACCACCAGCAUCUGGAAGCUACAAAGGGCUAUCACCAUCCUGGACAUGGAGAGGAGGCUGCCCUGCUGUCUGAGGAUGCAUUUUCGCUGUGGGGUGGAGAAAAAUCUCUGCACUGCUAUUGGAAAGGACCGUCGGCGGUGUUUCAGAGUGGAGGAAGUCAACUGGAACAAAUGGAACAGCAACCUGGUCAAAAUCGAUGAGGAUCCCGGAUGUUGGGAUCGCGUCCAGGAGCCAGGCUCAGAAACCCCGCCGAGCAGGCGACAAAGAGGGAGGAGCUGGAGAGUCUUAUUCAGGGAGGGCAGUAGGCGGUGGCAGUCCUACGAGUCCACAGAGAUGACACCGGUCUAACUGAGAGCGUCCCUCUGGCUGCUCAGCCUGACUGACCUGAGCAUUCAAACCUCUCUGUUCCAAGAAAUCUAACCGACAUGGGUGAUCUGCGUUUUUUUUUUGACUGACUGAUACUCCAGUGUGUCAUCUCGCUUUGAAAUUAAGUCUUCAAGGCACAACUUCACUGAGAUGAGCAGCAAUAAGCGAGAAACACCUCCAACGUCUAGAUUUGACUGUCACCAUAAAAAGUAGAAUUCAUCAGUGUUGAAUGCUGUGCAACAAGUGUUGCAUAAAUAGCAAACCAAUCACCCUUUUAAAAACAGAAAAUUUUAUCCAAAGGCUUCUCCACAGGCUGCUCCUGCACGUGAACUGGAUGCACAUCCGCUGCUCAAAGGCCACAACCUGCUGGCACCUCUGGCAUCGCUCGAAAACCUUCAUGGAGUAAUGCAGCUCACGAAGGUGCUGAUCCUGCCCUCCCGCUGCGUGCCCUUUAUACCAGACCCAUUUUCAUCACAGCCAGACAAGCUAAAUCUACUGCGGCCACGUAGUCCUGCAGAUUUCACAGCUUGCUUUGUCUACCCCACUUCCUGUUCCGGCGUGGAUAAAUGGCACGAAGCGGCAGCAAUUGGUGUAGCAAUCACCACCUUUAGCUCUACCUGUCACAGUUACAAAUUAUAUGUGGCUUAGAUGGGCCUUUGGAAACACUGAGUGGCUUCUAAAGGCUGAUGAUGUGAGAGACGAGUGUGUGAAGCUACCCGAACUGUCAGAGAGGAUGACAACAGCGAGGCCGCCUGCUGUUAAUUUAGACAAAUUAAUGUUCAAGCAAACCGAGUUCAGACUCACUUCAAAGCAUAAAUUAGAACUUUAUUUUAUUAUUACAAUAUUACAAAAAGAGUAGCACAACGCUCACGCUCCUGCCUCUUAUCUGUCGUACAGAAUGACACAAAAGAAAGGCUUAUGGACCUUCUUCCAUUUCACAGCAACAGUAAAAGAAUCAAAGAAAGAAAAUAAAUUUUAAAUAACAAGCAAAUCAAGUAUUAUAAAUAGUCACAACUGCAAACUGAAGCUUUGAAACUUGAG